CCUAAACUCAGUGACUCCCUGACUCACUACAAUCUCGCCUACAUCCUCCUCCCUGACUCAGUGACUCCCAAGUCCCAAAACUUCCUCCUGAUCUCCUUCUACCUCCGCAGGCUGCUAGGCUCCGGUCAUCGCAUCGAGUUCAUCUUUACAGUGAUAAGCUUUACUGCCUCAUUCUACCAAGCCUUUAUUCGGUACUACUCUCUUACUCAAUGGGGAAGAAACAGAAGCAAAAUCAGAAAGUUAUACGAGCGCCAGAACUCCCUCCUGAAGUACCCGAUGAAGAUAUCGAAAUUUCUGAUGAAGAUGUCAAAUUUGUUGCUAAAAAUCGUGCUUAUGCUGGUUUUGUUUCUACUUUGGACACUCAAUCCAUCACCAAGCAUGUGACUCGUAUUGCGAAUGCAAAAGAAGAUGAUCUAGAAGAAUUAUAUGAGAGGAGAUCACGGAAGAAACCUCGUGAGGAUGAGGAAGAGAAAGGUAUUGUGGUUGAUCGUGUGGACGCGCUUCCGGUUAAGACCUUGGAUGGCAAGCUUGUUUAUAGGACAGUACCUAAACCAGUAAAAAAUGAUGAAAGUUCUGAUAAAGAAGAUGAGAGUGAUGGAGAUAAAGGGGCUUUUAAAUUAACGAAGGCAGAAAGGAGGGCAAAGUUGAAGAAAAAGAAGAAAGAGGAAAAGAAGCAGGCAAAAGAAGUUGUCCCGACUGAGGAAGUGCCUCAAAACUCUCAAGUUCAGGUUUUGGCUGAGGUGAAAGCAGAUCUUAGUGCUGAAGAAGUAGCAGAAAAUAAGAAAGUUCGAAUUGCUGAGUUGGGUACUGAAUUGCUUGCAGAUCCCGAGUCAAACAUUAAGUCUUUGAAAGAGUUGCUAAGUUUCUGUAAAGAUGCUGAUAAGGAUAUUGCAAAAAUGGGAUUGAAAUCUUCUUUGGUUGUUUUCAGAGAUAUAAUUCCUGGUUAUCGCAUUAGGCUUCCAACUGAAAAGGAGCUCGAGAUGAAAAUUUCCAAGGCUGUGAAGAAGACACGAUUUUUCGAAGCAACACUUUUGUCCUCAUAUAAGGCAUACCUACAGAUGGUAAUUCCCUUACAGCAUCGCCCAGAGUUCAGUAGGGUAGCCAUUCAUUGUCUCUGCACAUUGCUAGAGGCCCACCCUCAUUUUAACUUUCGUGAGAACUUGAUACCAGCUGUUGUGAAGAAUCUGGCUUCUGAUGAUGAUGUUGUGAGGAAGCUUUGUUCUACAACAAUUCAGUCUCUUUUCAAAGAUGAGGGGAAACAUGGAGGAGAGGCAACUGUUGAGGCUGUACAAUUGAUUGCAGAGCUUGUUAAAAUUCAUGAUUGUCACUUGCACCCUGACUCUAUUGAAGUGUUCUUGGCUUUAUCAUUUGAUGAAGAUCUUGCAAGGUCUGAAAAAAUGGAUGAUAACAAGGGUAAAUACAAGAAGAAUAAGAAAAGAAAGAAUGCUGAUGAACAAAAUCAACCUGCAAUUAAUGAUAAGAAGAGGCUUAAGCAAGAACUGCUAUCAAAGACAAGAGAGGAGGUAAAUGCUGAUUUCAAGGCUACUUCGUUUGCCCAAGAUGAGACGGAGCGAAAAAGAAUACAAGCUCAGACAUUAUCUGCCAUGUUUAAUACGUACUUUCGAAUUUUGAAGCACACUGUACAGCUAGAUAGGUCCCAGGUCAAUGCUUCUUCAACAGGUGUUUCGCUUCCACUACUAAGCUCAUGCUUGAAGGGAGUGGGGUUGUUUGCGCACUUCAUUGACUUAGAUUUUAUGUCUGAUCUAAUGAAGCAUCUCAAGAUUCUUGCUUCUGGCAAAAGUAUUGGAAAUUCUGAAAAUCUUCUGACAGUCUCUGAACGGAUAGAAUGUUGCAUUGUGGCCUUCAAAGUGAUGAGGAAGAAUCUAGAUGCCUUGAAUGUGGACUUACAGGAUUUUUUCAUCCAACUCUAUAAUUUAAUUCUUGAGUAUAGACCAGGAAGGGAUGAAGGUGAAAUUUUUGCAGAGGCUUUGAAGAUAAUGUUGUGUGAUGAUAGGCAGCAUGAUAUGCAAAGAGCUGCUGCUUUCAUUAAACGAUUGGCGUCUUCUUCCCUCUGUUUUGGAUCUGCAGAAUCCAUGGCAGCACUUGUCACUGUCAAAAAUCUCCUGCAAAAGAAUAUGAAGUGCCGAUACAUGUUAGAAAAUGAUGUGGGUGGUGGCUCUGUAUCAGGAUCAGUUGCGAAAUAUCAGCCAUAUUCUAGCGAUCCUCACUUGAGUGGUGCGCUUGCUUCCGUUCUCUGGGAACUUAAUCUGUUGUCGAAGCAUUAUCAUCCCGCCAUUCAAACUAUGGCUUCAAAUAUUUCUAAGAUCAACACUGCUUCUAACCAAGUUUAUAUGCCUACCGUUUCUCCUCAGCAAGCUUAUAGCGAACUGCUCUUGGAAAGAGAACAGUUUAACCUGAGUUGUAACACAAAGAAGUUGAGUCACAAGCGAAAAAGAGAACCUACAUUGUCAGGAGACGACAAACCUUCAUCAAAUGUAGAUGAAGAUGGAUUGAGGAAAAAAUUUGCUGAUCAUUUCACUGUCGUACACGAUAUUGUCGAGAAUGAGAAACUAAGAAAAGAGCUAAGCCUUACGACAGCUUCUCUUCAGCUGUAUCAAGUGUAUAAAAAGCGUUGAAGCUUGAACUAAGGAUCAGAGAAAUUGAAGAAAAAAAAUUAUUUUCUUGUUACAUUUUCUUAAAAAGUAGAUUAUUGGUGUGGUUGGAAAGUAAAAAUUGAAAAUUGUGACUCAGAAAUAGAAAUUUUGAGAGGCAGGAAAUAGUAAUUUGGUUGAGUAAAAAUACAAGUGCUAGUAUAUAAUGCUCUUUCGUUAUCUUUUUAA